AGAUCAUGGGGUGAAAUAGCACGGUUGAGCAGAAAGGAAAGGCCAAGAAGAUACCAAAAGCAGAUAUGAAGACUCAAAGCUCAUCAGAUUCUAAACGAGAUGAAUUUGACACUCAAAAUGAAGACAUGGACAUCUCUGAUGAAUUUGUCAAGAAACCCUCAGAUGGGAUGUUUGAUAUUAUCAACCAGAAACAUGUGAAGUAUACUAACUCAAAGCCUGCGAGGCAGAAAUAAGAAGCAAAUAAUCAAGAAAACUGAUAAUGUGAGACUCCAGUCUCAUCUGGCCACUGUUGGGCAAAUAGAGGCUGAAUUUGCUGUAAGAGACAAGAAGGUCCAUAAACAAUUUGGUACUGGAAGCCUCCAGAUAGAUCCCGAUACUGAUGAAAUAUUCGUACUGACCUGAGCCCAUAUCUUUGUUAACGAAUUACAGCCUGAUUUUGAAGCCAGUGACAGCAUCUCAAAAUCUAGUGAUGAGAUAGAAUAUGCCCAAAGGUCUAAUUUUUACAUCACUUUGGAAGAGUCUGAGAUUGAUGGAGAAUGGGCUCUGGUCAGGCUUAAAAUCCCCCUAAUGUCUUUUAAAAUCCAUCCAUUGUAUGAUAAAUUUUGAAAAUAUGAUAUCGCCGUUGCAACUUUUGAUAAGCAAAAGUUGCUAAAGGAAUGAGGAAGAGGCCUGAAGAACAAUUUUUGGGAGAAUAUUAAAAGCCAUAUACCUGUGAUAGGGCAAGGGGAGAAGAAGGAAGAAAUCGAGGUUGUGGGACAUACGAUUAAUGGAACUCAGUUGGUCUCCAAAGGAGAUUGUGAGCUCAUGGAAAUUGGCUGGAUCAUGUAUGAAAAUAUCACUUCAUAUGCAGGCCAAUCUGGAGCCCCAAUCUACAAGCUAAAUGUACCUAAACGGAAGCUCCUACAAGAGCCUUCUGAACAGGAAAGAACCCUAAUUGGGCUUCACAUUGGGAAAUACCAGGAUAUAAAGGUUGGAAUAGCCAUGAAUGAGAAUUUGGAAGACUGGGUUAAUGAUAAUUGAGACGAUUAG